AUGGAAAAACUAAAAACAAUUUACGUAGAUUCAGCACUAAGUAUAAUUAAGGGGGCUCUUUGUGUUAUUCUUCAGAUACCAACAAGUCGAACCACUGAAAGUGUGAAAAAAAAACAAAAUUUUAUAGGUAUUUUGACAGUAAAUUCAAUAAAAAGUGAACCAACAAUAAGCCAAUAUGAUGAUAUAAAAAAGUUGGUAAAAAAUAAGAUUUUAGAAAAUGCGCCAUUUUAUAAUUAUCAAAUAGAAAGAUCAUUUGCGGAUAAAUUUUAUGGGGAUUGUAUAUAUGAUAAUUUUGGAUUGCCAAAAAAUAUAAACGAAAUAAAUUUAAUAAUAUUAGAAGAAUGGAAUAUAAAUUGUAAUAGAAAUCGAAUAUUGAAACACACUGGAUUAAUAAAAAAUAUAGAAAUAAAUAAUUUUAAAUAUAUAAAUAAUAAAGAAUCAUUGGAAGUUCAUUUUUCUGUUAAUCCUAUGUAUACUUUUGAAGAACUAAGUACAUUAUAUAAAAAUGAAAAAAGUUUAUAUAAUUUUCUUUUAUGUCCAAUUAGAAAAGUUUGUACAAACAGUGAACAUAUAGUAACAAAUGGAUAUCGUCAAAAUGAUAAUAUUUUGAAUAAUGUUGAAAAUAGAGAAAAUAAUGAAGAAUAUAUAUAUAUAAACGUUGACGAUUUAUUAGAAAAAAAUAAAGUUUUACCCCCAUCAGGUGUAGAAAAUAUUGGAUAUGAAAGAUCAAAUGAAGUAACACCAUGGAAUGUUAAUAUAAAUGGAGAUGGUAUUGAUUAUAAUAAAUUAAUAAAACAAUUUGGAUGUUCAAAAAUUAAAGAAGAGCACAUAAAAAGAAUUGAAAUGUUAACUAAGAAGAAAGCUCAUCAUUUUAUUAGAAGAAAUAUAUUUUUUAGUCAUAGAGAUUUAGAUUUUUUAUUAAAUUAUUAUGAAAAAAACAAAAGUUUUUAUAUAUAUACAGGUAGAGGCCCAUCUUCAUUAUCUAUGCAUCUAGGUCAUUUGAUCCCAUUUUAUUUUUGUAAAUAUUUACAAGAUGUAUUUAAUGUCCCAUUAAUUAUACAAAUAUCAGAUGAUGAAAAAUUUUUAUUUAAUAAAAAUUAUUCAUUGGAUUAUAUAAAUAAAUUAUCAAAAGAAAAUGUAAAAGAUAUAAUAGCAGUUGGUUUAAAUCCAGAAUUAACAUUUAUAUUUAAAAAUACAGAAUAUGUACAUAAUUUAUAUAAUACUGUUUUAUCUAUACAUAAAAAAACUACUUUAAAUCAAUCAAUGAAUAUAUUUGGAUUUGAUCAUAGUGAUAAUAUAGGAAAAUUAUCUUAUCCUUCUUUUCAAAUUGCUCCAUGUUUUUCUCGAUGUUUUCCACAUUUUUUGCCACAAAAUUUGCCAUGUUUAGUUCCUCAGGGAAUUGAUCAAGAUCCAUACUUUCGAUUGAGUCGGGAUAUUGCAGUUAAGUUGGGAUUACACAAACCAGUUGUUAUUCACUCUAUUUUUAUGCCUAGUUUGUUGGGUGUUAAUACAAAAAUGAGUAGCACUAAAAAGAAGUCAGAAAAAACUGAUGGACAAAGUAGUGAAUCAGUAUCUGGUAGAUCUAACACCAAAGAUGCUGGAAAUAAAACAGGUUUAAAUGAACAUAAUAAUAGUGUUAUUUUUCUUACAGAUACACCUGAACAAAUUAAAAAUAAAAUUAAUAAAUAUGCUUUUAGUGGAGGUGGCGCAACCAUUCAAGAACAUAAAGAAAAAGGAGGAAAUCUUGAUAAAGAUAUAUCAUAUCAAUAUUUGAGAUAUUUAUUAGAUGAUGAUGAUAAAUUAAAUGAAAUUGGAGAAAAAUAUAAAAGUGGGGAACUUCUUAGUGGUGAAAUUAAAAAAAUACUCAUAGAUGUUGUUGUAGAUUUGAUACAAACACAUAAAAAAAAAAGAGAUUCCUUGACAGAUGAUCAAAUAGAUUAUUUUUUCAAUCCCAAUAAACCUGCUCUCAUGAAAUUUAAGAAUGUAUAA